AUGGAUUUUGAAAGAGAAUUUAUCCCUAUUUGGGAAGAGUCGCCAGAAGUAUAUUAUGAUCCUGUGAUACUAGAGCUAGAGUUAGACAAGAUCAAAAAAGAAUUCAAUGAAUUUAAAUAUGAAAGCUCGGAACUUGAAAAAGCUAACCAACUGUUAAAAGAAGAAAUAACAAGAAAAGAAAAAGAAAAAACAGAUUUACAAAAGUUAUACAAGGAUAAUACCGUCAAACUACCAUUAUAUCAAUCAAAAGUUACGGAAUUAAAUAAAACCGUCAGUCAGCUAAACACGGAUAAAAAAAAUAUGACAUUGGUCAUAAACGUGUCGAAGGAAAAACGUGAAGAAUUGGAGAAAAAAUAUAAAGAGGCUACAGACAGAUAUAUAACUUUAAUGAAUGCAAAUAAACAGCUUGAAAAAGUUAACGCAAAAUAUAAACUAGAAAAUGCCCAAGAACUUAAGGAUAAAGAUCGAAUAAAAGCUGAAAAUGAUAAAACAAAAUCUAGGAAUGAUGAACUUGAAAUUCAGAGUAAAGGACUUAAAGCACAAAUAAAUCAUCAUGAAGAUGAAUUACGUUCCAAAGAAAUUGUAAUUACAGGAUUAGCAAGAGACAAUAAAAUACUAAGUACUAAGAUUGAAAAUACAUUAAUAAAAUUGUCAAAUUCUGAAGAACGUGUAAAAUUUCUUGAAAAAAAAAUAAAAACUAUGAAUAAGGAAUGUUCAGAGUCAAUAACUAAAUAUUCAAGUUUGCUAAAUGAAAAUAAUUGUUUGAAAUCGAAAUUGAAUGAAUCAGAAGAAUUAACAUCAACAGUUGAAGAAAUGAAAGCCAAUGAACGUUCGUUGUACAAACAAAUGAACCAACAAUUGGAGAAACAAAAAACGAAGUAUAUAUAUACAGGAGAGGACAUAACUGUGAUAAAGCGUAAAUUAGAAGAAUGUAUGAAGCAGAAUCUUAGUUUGACGAAAAAAUUCAGUAACCUCGAUUGCCCUUUCUACCAAUCAAAAUAUGGUAAAAAUGAUGAAGACACGGAACCGGAAAUAAAAUGUGGUUCACUGAGAGAAAAACAUUAUGAAAAUAAAUUGUUUGCUUUAGAACAAGUGAUCAAAACACUACAUUUAAAAAUAGAAAGUCAAGAGGAAAGACACCUUAAAUAUCGAGACGUAGUGAUUAAAAGUUUGUAUCACACAAAAGCUGCUGAAAAAAAAGUAAAAUCGGUAAACUUGUUGCUCGAAGAACAAAAAUAUAAAAUAAUAUAUGAUAAAUUAGAAGUUUUGUCUAAAGAAUCGAAAAUUCAAAAACUGGAGAUUCAAAAGGAUAAUUUUGAUUAUCAAUGUAAAUUACUAAAUAGACAAUCAACAUUGCUGUGCAAAAAAAUAAAAGAUUAUAAUUUGAAAAUAGAAUCCAUGAAAAAAGAGUCAAUAAGAGCAAAUAAGAUAUUUCGAGACGCGGAACAAAAAAAUGAUGAGUUACAAAAUAAAACAGAACAAUUAGAAAAAAGUACAGAAAAUAUCGAAAUGCAAUUAUUAAAUAAUAGUAAAUGCAAAAAGCUUCAACAAUUAGAAGUAAACAAGAUGAAAAGUUCUAUUGAAGAGUUGAAGGAAGAAAAUAAAUUAUUACAAUUUAAAUUGAUGACUGAAGAAAGGAGAUUAGCAUACCUUCAAAAUAAGUUCAAUAAAUUGUACAACGAAAAAGAACGCAAGAUAAAUUCAAUGAGAAUACCUAAAAACUUAUAA